ACUGCUGAUAAUAAGUGAUGACGAGUGAGAGUCACCUCAGCUCAUCACUCAUAGACGGCAUCCAGGAUACAUAAUAACUUCUGCCUCCAUUGUCGUCAGCUCGGUUCCCCUUGCCUAUUCAAUGGCUGCUCUUGCCUCGUCCUCGUCGCUUCGCGGGCCGCUGGCCGCGUGCGUCCAGUCAUCGCUGGAGAAAUGUGAGAUGCUCGGCCGACCCGUCAGCCUCGCCUCCUGCGCAGCUCCCCUCCCAACCGCCAGUAACGCCCCCGCCAUUGCCGUCCGCUGCGCCGCGAAAGACGGAAAAUCGGCCGCCGCAGAGCCCGGAAGCGCCUCUCACGGGCACACCGGGCAGCGCGUCGUCAAUCGGCGGCUGAUCCUCGGCGGGCUGGCGGCCGGCAUGGCGGCCGUGGUGGGUUGCCCCAUCUGUGACUCUAACGGGGGAUCCUCUAUCGGGGCCGCACUGGCCGCCGAUUGGAGCAAGGGCGACGUCUCCGGGCCCAUGGAGUGGGGCGAGCUGUGCGCCGCGGGCGACGCGAAGCUCGCCAUCGACGCUCCGCUGAACGCGACGUCGAAGCUGACGAGAGACAACGGCCUCGGCAAGAUCACAUUCGCGUAUAAGAACGCCGAGGCGUCGUUCCUCAACACGGGGCAUGGCACCAUGCAGGUGAAUUUUCCGGACGGCAGCAACUCGUGCGUGGUGGGCGGGCGGCAGCUGCAGCUGCUACAGUACCACUUCCACGCGCCCAGCGAGCACUCCUUCAACGGCGUGCGCUCGCCCAUGGAGGCGCACCUCGUGCACCGCGAUGCUGACGGCAAGCUGGCAGUGAUUGGUGUGAUGGUGGAGGCGGACCCCAAGGCGCCGCGCAACCUGUGCCUGGAAGCCGCCCUGGCGUUCAGCCCCAAUGAGAGGAACAAGAAGAACGCCGCUCCCCAGGAGUGUCUGGAGGUGCCGGUGGUGGGCAGUGGGGGCAUGCGGUCCGCCCUGCAGCAAUGCCUGCGCAUCCAGACCAGCCCCGCGCCGCUGCUGCCGCCCCUUGACAGGCCCGACGGCUCCCACGCGUACAUCCACUACCAGGGCUCCCUGGCUGACCCCUCAUGCUCCGAUGCGGUCGACUGGUUCGUGCUGGCGGCGCCGCUGAAGGUGCCUGACAGCCAGGUGCUCGAGUUCCUCAGCUAUGUGGGCGACCGACGCACCCUCGCAUUCAACGCUCGCCCUCGCCAGGACCUUGGUCCGCGGCGACUCGCUGCGGGGACUGCAUGAGUGCAGCGACCUGCAUGAGCCCUCUUUAGAACCAUAUCAUGAGGGCCUGUCACACAACGCCUGCCGUAUCGGAACUCUCCUCUGCGCUUUUGAAUCACCAGGUCGUCACUCAUAGGGCGUAUUCCUACGGAGUGGUGUUCAGUACCAGGAUAGCAACAAACGCGUCUGAACACCAUGCUGUAAUUGCUGAUCUUCAAGAAGCUGUUCAGUACCAGGAUAGUACGAUUCGCAAGGGGUUGCACGAUUUGCACGACUCGUUUCGACGAAACGGAAUGACACGCGGCAUGCAUGCGACGCGUCAGGUGCUGCUCGCGAAUGUUAGAGUCAACCCUCUCAAAACUAGAAUUUGAAUGAUCAUAGAGUUAGAGAGUACAUGCACAUAUUCCUAAAUGUUGUACCCUCUAGGAGGUUACCCUAUACAGUCUAU